AUGGAACCCGUUAAUCUGUCGGCCUCUAUCAUCGCUCAAGCCCAGCAGGUCUAUAAGUUCAUGUUUUCGUUCAACCAGGCACUUCUUUUGCACUCAGACCAUGACCUCGACCAUAUCCGCCUCCGGAUGGAGGCAAACCUCCUUAAAUUGUCAACGUGGCUGCAGAGUUGGUCGCUCGAUCCCAAUGCUUUGAGCAAGGCAGACCAGGAAAACUCACUCUGGGGCGAGGAUGGAUACCAAUCAGUGGCACAGCGGGUUGCUCUGAUUCAGACGCAGUGCAAGGAGAUCCAGACGGUUUUGCUCUCGUACGGUCAAGCGAGUGCCAAAGGUUCAAACAAAGUCCUCCGUCGCUGGAAGUCACUUGUGCGGAAAGACCGAAAACUUCAAGUCAUUGACCUGAGAGAGUUGCAGGACAAGACUGACAGCUUAAGCCGGUCACUGGACAAUCUCAGCGCAUUGUCGGACCUCCAUUUCCACGCCCAUCACAAGAUUGCGCCCCGCUUGAUUUCGGCGAAGACCGAGGAUGGACUUCUGCGCGACAUCAUCCGCAGUAGAGGCGAGUCGACACGACUCUACACCGCAUGCACGAGGCGCAACCUGGACCUAAAUCUCGAAAUCGACCUAUUCUGCGCGGAGUGGGCACAGAUGUCACAGGGGCAUAGGUACAGGGAACGGCCCAUGAGCAGAGGGUAUCAUUUCUACUUCAAGACUGGCGACACGCAAGAGAUGCAGGAAUUGGUUGUUGGACCACUCAAGGAUCAGGAGACAGCACGAGCGCUGGAAGGCGGGAAAGCUACACUCCACUCAGAAAGCGACCUCCUGCAAGCUCUUAAGGCAGUCAAACCAGCAGCAGCGACUGGAUCUGUCUUCAAGCUGGCUGACUCUGACUCAGGGACGAGUUUCUACUAUCGAAUCGAGCGCGUGAAGCGACCUCUUAUGAUUGAAUGCGAGCCCCUGCCGUUUGCAAACCACUUGGGUCUUGAUAAGGGCGAUCACAAGAUCUUCAUCCGUUUGAACCUGCGAGAAAAGCUCAGCCUGGCAUAUAAGGUGGCGGAAUGUGGCAUGUUCCUUCUGGGAACCCCUUGGCUAUCACACCUCAGCAGCCAAAACAUCAAGAGCAUCCCGUCGGAUACCUCCCGGCAGCGUUAUGUUGUACGUAUUGAGCCCCAAAGCUCUGUAUCGCCGACUGGCAACGUUGUGAAGACGUCUGUGCGUCCCCAGCUGUUUCAACUUGGUAUCCUGUUGUUUGAAAUUGCGCUCGGAGACCGCCUUUAUGCCAGCGACCUCAAGUCCCCUGAGAAGCGGGCGGAGAGUUUCGUCUUGGUAGCACGUAUAAUGGGAAAUGAAUACCGGAAAGCGUGCGAAUUUCUGUUGAGUCGGGGCGAAGACGCUGGUGCUCAGACGAGGUUCCAGCAUCGCCAAUCUGCGGACAAAGUCGCCAUCGUCACAACGAGGGCAAUGCAUCCAGAGAACGCUGGGGAAAGAGCUUGUUACUUACCAAGGGACGCAGUCAAUGAACAGCCACAGACCACUCGAGGUCCACCAUCAAAUCCCGAAGAUACUUCUAUGGAGAGCACGGUAGCGUUCCAAUUUCCAACACUGACGUCUAAUAGGUUCCCCGUCUGA